GAUAUCAUAAUAACAUCUAUACCUCCAUCUCCAUACCAUAGCUCUCAUUCACUUUAUCUCUCUCUCUCUCUCUCUCUUAAAAGUUUGUUACAAAAUUGAAGAAAGGAAAAUGGAGAUUUGUUGUAGAAAAUUGAUGUUAAUGCUCUUUCUAGCUUUAUUCACUGUCAUCUUUACGGUGGUGCUUCCUUUGCAUUGGAUGCGAUCCACCACCGCCGUCGUUGAGCCGUCGUUUAAUUCAGUUUCAUUUCACGACUUACUAACAAAUGUUUACGGCGCCGAGAACGAUCACAUCUUUGCCGUUCAACCUGCUGGUCGUCACUCAAACUCUACCGGACCGAGGGAAGUGAGAAAAGUGAAGAACAGAGAAGAGAAGCGAGAAGAAGGACUUGCACGAGCGAGAAGUUCCAUUCGCAAAGUUGCAUUAGGAGAUCAUAGAAGCAAUCUCACUCCGUCAACACCACACCACGACGGUUACAUUCCCGCCGGAGCUGUUUAUCACAACCCGCGCUUAUUUUAUCAGAGCUACUUGGAGAUGGAGAAGAUAUUCAAAGUAUAUGUAUACCCAGAUGGGGACCUACCAAUUGUUCACGAUGGCCCUUGUAAGGACAUAUAUUCCAUUGAAGGAAGGUUCCUCCAUGAGAUGGAACAUGGGGUUGGGAAAUUUAGAACUAAUGAUCCUAAUGCAGCUCAUGUUUACUUUUUACCAUUCAGUGUGACAUGGAUGGUCAAAUACCUCUAUACACCAUCCUCUUAUGAUAUCACUCCUUUAAAGCAUUUUGUCUCUGAUUAUGUGAAAGUGAUAUCUAUGAGGUACCCCUUCUGGAACAGAACUCGUGGUGCUGACCACUUCAUGCUUGCUUGUCAUGAUUGGGGUCCACAUGCAUCAAAGGGUAAUCCUUUCCUCUACAAUAACUCUAUCCGAGUCUUGUGCAAUGCCAACACUUCUGAAGGUUUCAAUCCUCUAAAGGAUGUAUCUUUACCAGAAAUUCAUCUAUUUGGAGGUGAAGUAUCUCCUAAACUUCUUUCACCUCCACCGGACAACGCCCCGCGUCGCUAUCUUGCCUUCUUUGCCGGUGGUAUGCACGGCCCAAUUCGCCCCAUUCUUCUCCACCACUGGAGAAACAGAGACAGUGAUUUCCGUGUCUAUGAGUAUCUCCCUAAAGGGGUAGAUUACUAUUCUCUAAUGCUAAACUCCAAGUUCUGUCUAUGUCCAAGUGGCCAUGAAGUGGCUAGCCCAAGAAUUGUAGAGUCAAUUUAUGCAGAAUGUGUACCUGUGAUUCUAUCAGAUUAUUAUGUGUUGCCCUUCAGUGAUGUACUGAGAUGGGAGGCAUUUUCAGUGCAGGUUGAUGUUUCAGAUAUUCCAAGGUUGAAAGAGGUUCUUAGUGCUAUUCCAGAGAGUAAGUAUAGGAAUCUCAAGCAAGGUGUAAGGGCUGUGAGGAAACAUUUUACUCUGAAUCAGCCAGCUAAAAGAUUUGAUGUUUUUCACAUGAUCUUACACUCAAUAUGGCUGAGAAGAUUGAAUAUAAAACUCGGAUAGCUAAUUUGCACUUAAGCAUAAUAGAGUAUACUAUAUAUAUAGUGAUUUUUAUUUUUUUAUUUUGGCUUCAAAUAGGAACAGGUGAACUAAAUGUUGGCCAGAAUGGUAUUAAAGGAAAACUGCCAUUCUUAUUUGUAUUCCUUGCAUGCAGAGUUCGGAGUUCCUCUAUAUUCAUUAUCCUUUUUUUUUUUGAAGGAC